AUGAGUGAAAGAAGCCCUUUGAUAAUACGCUUGGAAAUCCAAAGUGGUGCACCGGAUAUAAAAUUCCAAUUUACAGCAUCUCAUAAGGAAAAGUCUGUAAUAGUACCAGCAAAGAAGUUCAUACAGGAGAAAAACAAACAAGAGAAAGCCAUUGUGCGUGUAAAAAUGGAUGGUGACUUUCUCCCACCAGUUGCAGUGCACAAAGGAACGAAUCAGGUUGAAGCAAAGCCGACUCAAGCGCAAUGCCUGGGUAAUCGAGAGUAUUCCGAAGUUGUUGUUCAAACUUUUGUUGAAAAUAAGACAUUACUAGAUGGACAAGGAUCUGUUAUGAAAGAUGGAGCUUCAUCAGUGGUAUCUAGUGUAGCUGCUUCUUAUUCAAAAGCAAUUGUUGAGAAAUCCGCGACUGCGAUGAGUGAUUGCUCUAUACUUUGCAUGCUAGCUGUUCCGUCACUAAUUUCAUGUCGCGAAUUGUUAAAAUUUAUCGCUCCUAGCUCGCAGUAUAUUAAUGCGAUGAAAGUUAUUCGUGACUCAACACCUAAUCAAUAUAUGGUCAUCAUUAACUUCCGCUCGCAUGAUGCUGCUGUUCGGUUUUAUGACGAAUACAAUGGCAUUACAUACAAUGAAAUUGAACCAGAAGAAUGCUCUUUAAUUUUCGUUGAAAGAAUUGAAAUGGUUCGGGAAGAAGCAGGUGGAAGUUUACCUUCUGAAAACAUGAUAGAAUUACCAACUUGUGCAGUUUGUUUGGAACGUAUGGAUGAUAGUGUGUUGACUAUUCUGUGCAACCAUACUUUUCAUGCUGGAUGCUUAGAGCAGUGGGCAGAUACAACAUGCCCUGUAUGUCGGCAAAGUCAAACACCAGAAUUAGUGGCAGAUCAAAAAUGCUCUGACUGUGGAAAAACUACAGAUCUUUGGAUCUGUUUAAUAUGUGGCAAUAUUGGUUGCGGUCGGUAUGUGGAAGCUCAUGCUUACAGACAUUUUGAAGCAACUUCACAUACAUUCACUUUGGAAGUAGGUGGUGAACGUGUAUGGGAUUAUGCAGGCGAUAAUUAUGUACAUAGGCUGAUCCAGAGUUCUCCGGAUGGAAAAGUGGUUGAAUAUAAAAGAAGUGCAGCUUGUGAUAGUGGAGUAUGUGAUAGCGGGGAAAGUGCUGGAGAAAAAUUGGAGUCAAUCCAGCUUGAGUAUACGUGUUUGCUUGCGAGUCAGUUGGAAUAUCAAAGAGUAUUUUACGAAAACAAAAUGAAUGAACAAGAACGAUUAUUCAGUACUCUGGAGAAAGUCAAUAAUGCUCAGGUUGAAACUCUUGAAAAAGAACUUCUGAAAAUGCAAGAAGAAUGCGAAGAAUUGAAAAAGACUCUGACAUCCUGUUCACAGCAACGGCGUAUGCUUGAAAAAAAACACCGGGCAACACUGACGGAAUUGGAAGAAGAACGUGCUUUAAAUGUGGUGCUGCGAUCUGAUCAAGAAAAGUGGUUGUCAAAGUUUAAGCAAAUAGAAGCGAGAAACGAAAGUUUAGAACAGAAAUAUUCUGAUACAGUAAAAGAUCUUAAUGAGCAAAUUCGUGAUUUGAUGAUGCAUUUUGAGACUGGAGCUCAAAUUCAAAGUGCGGUUCAAAGAAAUGAAAUAACUGAAAAGGAAAUCACCGAAAGUAGCGUUGUUGUGGGAGAUGCACCACAGCAAUCCCAGUCCAAAAAGCGCAGACAUAAGAAGAAGUAA